CUUCGGGAUCGGGCAGGUAGAUGGUUAAAUACAUUCCCUAAUGGCCACUUCAAGACCUGGGAGGCGUUGCACUAGGCAUUCAUGCACGAAUAUUUUCCACCAUCUGCUAUGGUGAAAAUAAAAAACUCCAUCCAAAACUUCCGUCAAGCGCCUAUGGAAUCGAUGAGCGAAGCAUGGGAAAGAUUCAAGGAAUUGAAGGUUAAAUGCCCACCUGCUUUAAUUGAUUCCGAUAGUUUGAUGUUCUACUUUUACCAAGGCUUAACGGUACGAUCUAAGAAGGAAUUGGACCACUCUUCUAAACUUGGUUCUUUUCUGGAGAUGACACCUGAGGAGAAUGAGGAGUUAGUAGAUAGACUUACGUCGAAUGCUAAAUAUUGGUAUGAAGUCCGAGCUCCUCCUCCUAAAGCUGGCAUGUAUGAAGUAGACCAAUUCACAUCCCUCAAGGCUAGUAUGGAGAGCAUCGUGAAACAAACUAUCAAGGAACACCUAGGAGCUUCCCAUCCACGUCCUAAUUUGUAUACUGAACCGGUGAAUCAAGCUGAAAUCUAUGGUUCUGGUAGUCACCACCAGUCCGAUCUUGUCUUGUCUUGUGAGCACUGCUUUCAAAAUCAUCUUUCCUCUACUUGUCCCUUGAUUGAACCACCCCAUCUGAGUAAGGCUAAAGACCUUAAUCUAGCACAAUACGCGAAUAAAGGGGAAGGGACUUGGGCCCAGAGCAAUCAGGAGCAAUGGCGGGAAAGAAACAACUUUCCAAGAAACAAUCGUCCUAGGGAUGACUAUAAACAGGGUAAUUGGAAUAACAAUAAAACCAAUUACCAAAAUAACAAUGCACCCUACGUUCCACCUCAUCAUCGCCAACCUCCGCAAGAAGAUUCUUUGGCAAGGAUGGAAAAGAUGAUGAUGGAGUACAUGCAGAAGAUGAAUAAUCUGGCAGAUGAUUUGAAGGAACGUGACAAGACGCGUGAUAACCAACUCCAACAAGUGUUUAAACAACUUGGAGUUAGAGAACAGGGGAACCUCCGAGCUACCACUGAACCAAACCCAAGGGAACAACUUCGGGCCAUAACUUUAAGAAGUGGUAAAGAGCUUCAAGGCCCGGAAGUCGAAGCCGAUAUAGAAGAAGUCCCUGUGGAUACUUCUAUAGGAACAACCUCUCAAAAGAAGUCUGAAUCCACACCCCAAGAGACGAGGAGGGAAGAAACCCCCUCCAGCCAACCCCAACUAGCCAGACAAACUCAGCUAAACACUAUUCCCUUCCCUACUAGGGUUAAAAAGAGCAAGGACGAGAAAGCUUUCCAAAAGUCAUUGGCCAAGUUGAGGUCAAAAUGCCUUUGUUGUUUAGCUUAGUUUUAUUUUAAUUCUCAUUUUUACAAUCUUUUAAUUUUCUUUCAAAAAUAGUAGUUUUUUUAAUCAUUUUUUUACAUUAUAUUAUUUCAUUUUAUUUUUCCCUAACCCAAAAUUAUCAGAUAUCUUAUUUUUUGGAGAAAAAUAUAGCAGAAGGCCAAAAAUGUAGUUCAAGUUUGGAAAGAAGAUAUUGAUUUUGGCUAGAGCCCAAACCCAUCAUCAAAUAAAGAAGUCCAGGCCUUGUCCUCUUAAGAUUUACGCAAGAAAGGAAAAAAAAUGGAGAAUUGAAGUCUACGACUUCUUCUUCCUCUUCGCGAUAAACUAGCGCGGAUGCUCCAAUGUUCUUCCGUUUGAUUCGCAACAAUCAAUUCUCAACGGGAAGAAAUUAAAGGCUCCUUGCUCCUACUAUCCUAUAAAUUGAAGGCAAAUUGCACAAUUGAAAAGGGGGGAAGGGCAUCGCACCAACAGGAAAGUGUGCAGCGGCUUUUGGCCGCUGCAAUUGACGCCACCGGAGAAGAGAGCAGACGGCGGCCGACCACGGCUCGCCGGCGUUCGACGAUGGUCGGCGGUGAUAGGUGUGGCAGUUCCUUCAAGCUCCAAUUUCUUCAAGUUUUCUUCAUCUUCUUUCUCUAAUUGGUAACCCUAUAUGUUAUUUCUUCAAUUUUUUUCUCCAUUUCUUUGUAAAAGUGUUGUUUCAAUUCAAAUUUAUACUUUUUUUGCUUGUUGUGUUAAUUUCGAAAAUUCCAAAAUGGUUGGUGUUCUUUUAUGGGUUUUUUAUGUUAUAUUAAAUCCCUUAUGAAUGAGAAUGAAUUCUUACUAGUUUCUUCAAUUUUUGCGCAAAUUGAUGUUAAAUCGGUUGAAUUAUAAAUUGAUUUCAUAAGUAGGUUGGUAUGUCGAAUUCGGUUAUCAUUGAAGCUAAUUUAGCUACAUAUUUUAGUUAAAUGAUUUUCGAAUUCAUACGUGAAUCUCUUUUGUGACUUGUGUUUUGUAAAAUUUUAAGGUAAAUGAACUUCUUAGCCACAUAAGUUGAACGUUUUCCUUAAGAUUCGUUAUAGAGUGAUUGUUUAUGUCUUGGUGUUUUUGUUUGUUAUUUUCAUAAAAAUUGGGAUUGUUUAAGCGCAAUAAACAACUCUUGAUUUAAUGAAAAUAUGUAAUGUUUUUCUUAUGUGAAUAGAUUAAAAUUCUUAUGCUUAAGUUGUUCAAGGAGACCUGCAAAAUAUUUUCAUCAUUAGACGUUAAAGUUUAUUAAAGUGUAUCAAAUGUUCUUCAUGCAUACUUUGUGCAUGGGAGUUAGAAUGAAAGAAAGAUUCGCUCUUUUAUAAACUUUUUCAUCUUUUGGAAUCAUUGUUUGAGCGCUUGAGGUGAGUGGGGGUUCAAAGUGAUCCAAAAGGCCUUUGAAUCUUUGACUCCGGGCCUUAUAGAGAGUUGACGAUCCUCUAUAUGUGGUCAAGGAUAUGAAUCAACUCGAGCCUUUGAAUUCUAUUCUAUUCUUAAGUGCGUAAGUUACGUAAUAUUUUGUCUAAGUGCCUAUUAUACGUGUAAUGUUCAAUUUGUGUUUGUUCUUUUUUUCAUUUUGUUUUGGGUUCUUGGCGGUGUUUCUUGGGUUACCUUAAUUGGAGAAGUUGAUUAUCUUUUGAGAUUGUUUCCCUCAUUUUAUCAAAAAACCAAAAAAAUAAGAAAAUAUAAAAACCAAAAAUAUUUACUUUUUAUUCAACCCCCCCUUUGUGUUUAUUUAUAAGUUAUAAAUAUAAGUUUUUAUUCUUUUAUAUACUUAGUUAAAAGUUUUUAUUUUUAUUUAGUGACAACGUGUUUGCAUACUAAAUUGGUUUUAAAAAGUACAAACUUUCUCCGUGGGAUCGACCCUUACUUGCCCUAGCUAUAGUUUUUGUUUGAUUAUAUUUUGGGAGUUAGCUAAGGAUAUUUUAUAAAUUUUUAAUUUGUUUUGGACCACACGACAAGUCCCCAACAAAUUUUGGCGCCGUUGCCGGGGAAAGUUUAAUUUGUAUAAAAUCAGUUUAGGAUGUGCUUUUUGUGUUUGUUUGAGAAUGCAGGUUGUAAAAGCAAGCCUCAAAUUUUUUGUGCGAAGUUAUUUCACAUGUUAAAGUCAUAGCAUUGAAGUUAUGUGUGGUUUGUAUGCUAGAACAAAUUGAAAUCAGUAUCUGUGCUUGAAUUCAUUGCUGAAAUCUGUGUUCCAUAUGUUUUUUUUGUGAGAUUUUUGGCCAAUUUUUCAUGAAAAUUGCAUUUUGAGACCUUUUCUGCAUUCUUUAUCUUCUGAUUUCUGGUGCUAGUGAUCAUAUAUGUUUCUUUUCGUUAACACAAGUGUUGCUCUGGCCUUUGGUUAUUAAUUCGAUGGAUGCAACGUGUGUGAACUGAUUUUAUUUCAAUGAUACAUGCUGGUUUUUUUUUAAAAAAAUCGUUCCUUAAAUAUGCAUUUGGAUUGAAGUAAGCAUAUAUGUUUCAGCUGAUUUUGAUUGCAUUAGGUGCUGCAAAACUCUUUUAUGAUGUUUUUUUAAGAGAAAAAAUCUGCACUUUUUGGGUGAUUUGCAAGUUGAGUUGAUGUUGGUUAAAGUGCUCAAUUUCUUAAAACUUGUUUAGGAACUGAAUUUAAAGCUAUAACAUGAUGUCAAAAGUCUUAUUCUUGAGUAUUUGAUGCUACAUUUGCUUAAAAAUCUGAUUUAUACAUGCUGAUUUUUUUGAAGAAAGUGCACUUUUGACUUUGUUUUCAUGCUGUUUUUGUCCUUAGAGUGCUUCUUUGCUUCAAUUAUGAACUAUAUAUGAUAUAUCUUGCUUGGGGACAAUAUCUAGAAGCAUGACUUGAUGUUUAUAUGUUGAUUUUUUAGAUUUAGAAGUUGAAUUUGCUGAAAUUUAGACCUACACUGCUGUUUUGUUGAAAAAUCUGCAACAUUUUUGCUGGAUUCUUAUGCUGAAUUUGAGUUCCUAAGAUGCUUUUUAUGCCUGACUUAUGAACUUUCAUUGCUAAAUUUGCAUAGGAACUAAUUUUAGACGCUUAUCACUUAUUCAUUCAAUAUUAUUUUGACCCUUAUAUGCUGAUUCUUUAUGCGAAAGUGCAAAAAAAUGCAGAGAAAUCUCAUUUUGAAUCUGAUUCAUAGGUCUAAAUUUGCUACUUGAAUCUCAUUUUUGCUUCUCAAUUGAGAAUUUAGUUAUCACUUUUGUUGAGAGAGUAAAAAUCAAGAUUGAAUUGUAUA